AUGUCUGACCAAGAGGAAGAAGAAGAUAUUCUGAAUGCAGCUGAGUCAACAGAGGAAAAUGAUGAAGCUUUAGAAAAUGUCUAUACUACAGUUCCCUCAGGAGAAUUUCAAGAAGAAUAUCUAAUGGAAGAGCAAGAAUUUGAACUUGAGGAAUACAGUGAUGAGGAGGAAACAUUUGUUCCUAGUGAAUACACACUUCCAAUGUCAGAAUCAGAACAAUUCCCAGAGGACUUCUCAAGUAAAUCCUUAGUUAGCCUUGAACAGCAAACAACACAAUAUGAUGAGAAAGAGUCAGAACAAGACUUAGUAAAUGACAGUAAUCUGACAUUUUUGAAUAGAAUAAAGGCUGCAAAGAAGACUCUGAGCAUAUCAUCAAAGGAAUCUUCAAUAACAGUAAAAGUUGUACUUGUUCCCAUUGGCCAGGAAAUUACAAUGUCUUUUAAAGUUGACUGCAUGAUUAAAUACUUCAAGGAUCAUUUUUCACAGUUAUUAGGUAUCCCAGCCUAUGCACUGCAGGUAAAAUAUGCAGGAAAAAUUCUUAAAGACAAGGAUUGUUUUAUACAGCAAGGAGUUAAGCCAAUGGAAACUGUACAAGUGGAAAUAUUUUCUACAUGCACAGAUAUAUUUCCAAUCAAAAGAAUAGAAGGAUUGCAGCCAUUUUCUAAAAUCAUUUCAGUCAGUGUUCAAACUGGCACUAAUCAGUUCAAGGACAUCACUGUGGAGUUAAUAAAAUCUGACUUCCACAAGCCAUUCCUUGGUGGCUUUAGACAUAAAAUAACAGGAGUGGAAUAUCACAAUGCUGGAUCACAAACUGUGCCUAAAAAGAUUCCCUAUAAACCCAAUCGGUUUUGUAGAGAUACGCAGACAGUUACUGAGAAGAAGAGAUUACAACAGACUACAAAUACAACAUCCACACAAAUGACUAAGAUCGGUGUGUAUGUAGCAAAUAUGACAGAUAAACUGGCCGUUCCAGGGCUAUAUUUUACAGCAGCACAAUACCAUCUUCAAAGGUUAAAGGCGGUGAUAGUAAUCCAGACUUACUAUAGACGAUGGCAUGCUAAAGUCUAUGUAGAGGGAUUGAAAAGAGAGAAACAGGUGAGGCUGGAUUGGGAAGUAGAGGAGCAACUAAGAAAGAAGAGAGAGAAAGAAGAAUGGAUACAAUCAGACUACAAUCGGAGGCAUGAUCCUAAACUAAACGAAGAUUUUGAGCUUCUUUUUAAUGCACUGGAACUCUGGCGGCAAGAAGAACUUGCACGCAUUAACCAAUAUUUCACUGGAGCUGAAAGGAAAGCUUAUUUGUGCGAACUUUUGGACAAAGAGACCCAGCUAAUUGCUUCCAUUGGGAGACAUAGAGACCUUGCUUAUAAAGAGAGACAGGAAGCAGGCAUACAAGAUUUUCUCAAUAAGUGUUCAUCUCCAAGGGUAUGGAGAAGAGAUGAUGGUAAAGUAAUUCAGAUGGAUACACAGUUCACUAUCAGGGCCAGAGAACUAAAAAACAUUUAUAAAUGUAUUAUACUGAAAAAUGUCUCUCAUGAUGAGAGGUUGGAUGUGUUGUUGACGCUUAAACACACUGUGAAGGAACAUGAAUGCAAGCUGACCCAGGAAAUUCUAGAAUUGAUUGACAGAGAAGUUGACCUUAUGAUGAGAGGAGUCAAAUCUCAAAACCUUGAAGGUCUUAGAAAAAGAAUUGCAACACUCUUUUUUCAUUAUAUUAAAACACCUCUGUUUAAUCCUGAAGUUGCAAGAUACCUUAAGGUUCCUCAAGAUCCACUCAAGUUUUACAAUAAGAUUUACUUUUGCCACAGUUGCCAGCUAUAUUUGCCUUCUACCGAUUUUUCCAUGUCCUGCACCGCACAACGCAUCUACCACUGUCGUCAGUGCGUCAGCCUGGAGAAUGAGACUCAAAAACGGGAAUCAUUUUUGAAGUACAAGUGUUUACUUCAAAGGCUUUACAAUUCAGAAACCAAUUAUGGAGAUGACUCUCAGAUUGCUUUCCUGAUGCAGCUCAAUGAUAUCCGGUACCUGAUCGAGAACAUCUGGGCAUCCCAGUCAAUCCUCAGUGCCUGCAAUGACAUCGAUGAGUUGGUCCUGGUCAGAUGGGAUAAGUCCAUGGAGUGGGCCCCCUGGAACUGCAUUCUUCUCACCAAAGAUGAAGGCGCAGCUCAUCUUAAGCUAAAAAAUGUGGAAGAGGAUUAUGAACAGUUUUUUCUCCACAAGAUCAAACACAAACAUAUCCUGGCUAAGAACUACUUUUCUCAGAUUCCUCUGCUUGCUUCAUUUAUAGUUGACAAUGAUGAAUUAGAAGAGGUCAGAAGUAAAUACCGCAUAGACACAACACCUAAAAUGAUCGAACCCAGGGGGACUUCCAUAUAG